UUUUUUUAAUCAUCUUCUUUUUAGGAGACCAGGAGAUGGUGUCAGUGGACUCCUCACAAGGAAUUCAAAUGAAUACACCUUCAGAUGAGCUCUCAGAAUUGGGCAAGUGCCUUCUCCAGAGUGAGGAUAUAUAUAUGACUCUCCUGGCAAUAUGUUUUAACUCCCUUUCCUGGGAGGACACAAUAAACUGUCAACGGAGUGCUAGUGUGCUUUGCUGGACUUUGCUAAAACAGGUGCUUGGCUGUAACCUGCUCCCGGAGGCUGUGACGUGGCUCUACACCAGUGUACUUAAGGGUUUACAGAUGCAUGGACAACACGAGGGCUGCAAUGCUGCGCUAACUCAGCUGGCCUUGCUCAUCUACGAGUCUCUAAGGCCUAGAUAUGCUGAGCUGCGUUUUAUCAUGAAUCAGAUCCCUGAUAUCCAUGUUGAGGCCCUGGAACAAUUUGAUCAGAAGACCAUACAAUCCACUGUAUCAAAGGCAGGGGAGAAGAAAAAGAAGGAGCAAUUUAAAAGGCUCAUUGCAGGCACUGUUGGGAAACCUCUUGGACAGCAGUUUAAGAAGGAAGUGCAUAUUCGAAACCUUCCAUCUCUGUUUAAGAAGCCAAAGCCUACAAAAGAUAUGCUGGAGAACACUGAUACUGCAUGUCUGAUUACCCUGUUCUCUUCUGACUGUGACAGUUGCUGAGAGAAUCACAGCUGCACAAUACCCUCACUCCAUUGCAAUUGUUAACAACUGAACCUCUUCUGUGUCGUACAGUAUCCAUCUGAAAUGGCUUUUUAGGGCUUGAAUGAUUUAUUGAAAUAAGGAAAGACAACACAGACUUUUUUAUUUAAUGUUAUAUGGAUGUACCUUUUUUUCCUCUUCUUUUGUGUCGUUUUGAAGUAAGUAUCUUUAUCAUUGGCAUCUAAAGAAUAAAUAAAUAAAGAACUUGCUGUAAAACCAACUCAUUGAAAAGCAAAAAAUAAUUGAAAAAUAAAAACAAAAAUAAUCUUUUGAAAAAGUCUUGUUAAUUACAGUACCAUAUCUGUUCUGGGGAUCUGAUUUCCUGAACUAGCAUCAAGCACUACAUUCCAUUAUGAGGCAUUAGCCUAUUUAUUUUUAAAUAAAUUACAUAUUCAACAUUAAUUGUCAUUUCACGUCUGUGUACAAAUUAUGUAAAAAGUGUUGUGAUUUAUACUCUGCAGUUUUUAAUAAAUGUAUACAUGGACAGUUUUCA